AUGCUUCUUCUUCGGUGGCUAUGGAUAGGAAAUGGAAAUGAUGGCGAGAUUCCGCCUAUCGCAGUGUUCUGGACUCUGCGCGUUCUCAUGUUCGCCAUAAGCUUCGUCCUGGAGGAUUGGGCCAUCCACGAACUUAUACCAUCGCCGCGACACAGGCGCGUUGCCGUCCUUAUUGUCGCCUCCUCCUACGUUACCUGGACGUUCCAGACACAUACCUUUUCGAACGCGGUGGAAACAUUGGUGGUAGCAUGGUGUCUGGUGCUGAUUCAGCGCAUAGUUGAGAAUCCGCAUCGCAGUUCGUUCCUUGCCUCGGCGGUAUUGGGCUUCGUCGCAGUCUUUGGAGUGUUCAAUCGCAUCACAUUCCCCGCGUUUGUGUUGAUCCCUGGCUUACAGCUGCUGAAAUAUUACUGGAAAAAUCCGUUGUCCUUUAUGACAAUAGUCUUUGCAGGUAUCUCGACAACACUAUUUGCCAUCGCCCUCGACACGGCCUUCUACACACCGCACUCGAUAACCUGGUCGUACCUUAUAAGGAACCCCGUGUUGACGCCACUCAAUAAUUUUCUUUACAAUAUUGACCCGGUAAACUUGGCUCAACAUGGAUUGCACCCGUGGUACCAGCACUUGCUCGCCAACCUUCCUCAGCUGAUCGGACCGGCCGCCGUGCUUCUAUUCACCCGACCGAUAUGCUCCAUACGACUAUACUCGGCCAUCUCGGGCCUUGCCGUUCUCUCCUUAUCAAAGCACCAAGAAGCAAGAUUCCUCCUCCCAACGGUCCCCCUCUUUUUAUCUUCCAUUCGACUUCCGAAACAAAAGUCGGCCUUGCGCAUUUGGCUGGGGUCCUGGAUUGUGUUCAACCUCGUCUUGGGCACACUUUUUGGAACCUAUCACCAAGGUGGUAUCGUGCCAGCGCAAGUAUUUCUGAGCAAGCAGCCUGAUGCGACCCAAGCGAUUUGGUGGAAGACGUAUAUGCCACCGACAUGGCUUCUGAAUGGGAAGAAUGAGGUACUCAUCACGCGGGAUCUCAUGGGAAUGAAAGGAGAGACGAUGCUUGAAGAGUUGGAGAAGAUCGCCACGUGUGAUACCCCGGCGGAUAGGAGAAACAACGAAUAUUUGAAAGAGAAGAACGGAACAUAUCUGGUGGCGCCUCUAUCGGCUGCGUGGCUGGACCCUUACCUACCAAACAAGGGCCUGGAUGGGCUACGGUUUCGGAAGGUAUGGCAGUAUCGGCAGCAUUUGAACCUGGAUGAUAUGGACUUUGGGGAUGACGGCGUUUGGAAUACCCUGGCUAGAGUGAUUGGGAGGAGAGGUCUUGGGAUAUGGAGGGUUACCAAAAGUUGUCCUAAGUAG